CACUGCUCCAUCUCCUUCGACCACAGCAUGCUGCUUGACUUCCUCAUCUCCUCCGAGACGUGUUUCCUGGAGUACUGCGUCCGCUACCGGAAGCUUCUCUGCGAGGACCAGACGGCCUUCUCUAGCUCUUGUCGUCAUAUUGAAGAUUGUGAUAGUGCUGGAAGAAGAACCGAUCCUUCCAUUCAAGCUCCUUCUGCUGUUUCAGAAACGCUGGAUGUUGUUCCCUGCACUAGAUCGUCAACAGGUAACGAUGUCCCACGACUGGCUGAUUAUGGGAGCUCAGACGAAUCCGAGGAGGCAGAAGAGCGUGUUCCUGACAGGAACUCUGGGAAUACUGAGGCAGAUUCUGAUCACGUCAUGAUUGGGACGAUUAGUGAGUGGCUGUGGUGGGACAGGCUGUGGCUGCCGGGGAACCUCACGUGGGCCGAUCUCAAAGACGAGGAAGGGCUCGUCUACGCCAGAGCAUCCCACCUCUACGUCACUGUGCCAUAUGCUUUAGUCUUCCUUGUAGUCAGAUACGUGUUUGAAAGGUUGAUAGCGACACCGCUCGCAGCUUCGCUUGGCGUUACAGAGAAGACCAGAUACAAAGUGGAGCACAAUGCUGUUCUUGAACAUUAUUUCAUUACAAAAUCAAAACAUCCAGGACAGGCAGAUAUUGACGGUCUGAGCAAAAAAUGCAGCUGGUCCAGUAGACAAGUGGAGCGCUGGUUCAGAAGGAGACGAAAUCAGGACCGUCCUGGGGUUCUGAAAAAAUUCAGAGAGGCCAGCUGGCGAAUGGUGUUUUAUCUGGCGGCGUUCAUUGGUGGAAUCAUAGCCCUGUAUGAUAAACCCUGGUUUUAUAAUUUGAGGGAGGUGUGGAAUGGCUAUCCCAGACAGUCCGUGCUAGAUUCUCAGUACUGGUAUUAUAUUUUGGAGAUGAGCUUCUAUUUUUCGCUAGUGCUCAGAAUAACCUUCGACGUCAAACGAAAGGACUUUAAAGAGCAGAUCAUCCAUCAUUGGGCCACGCUGACGCUCUUGGCUUUCUCCUGGUGUGGGAACUACAUCCGGGUCGGGACCCUGGUCAUGCUCAUUCACGAUUCCUCUGACAUUCUUUUAGAGUCCGCUAAGAUCUUCAACUACGCCAAAUGGGAAAGCACAUGCAACGGCAUCUUUGUGGUAUUUGCUGCUGUCUUCAUAGUCACACGACUCAUAAUCUUUCCAUUUUGGAUCAUUCACUGCACGUGGGUUUAUCCUCCCGACUAUUACCCGCCGUUCUUUGGAUAUUACUUUUUUAACUUCAUGCUUGUCAUCCUGUUGAUGCUGCACAUAUUCUGGGCGUAUCUGAUUCUACGCAUGGUGAAGAUGUUCCUUUUUGGAAGUUUAACCAAAGACGAGAGAAGCGACAAUGAAGAAGACGAGGAAGGGGAUGGGGAAACCAGUGUGACCGAGGACAAUGACGGACAUGUGAAAGCGACCAAUGGCUGUGGAGCAGGAGGCGGGGCUAAUCAUCACUGACACCUCUUCUGUCAAACUGUGAAGGACUUUGAAUUGCCCUCAGGGAUGCGAGGAGCCAAAAACAUACAUCUGAUUUAUUGUCACGCAGAGAAUAUGCCAGAAACCUGUCAAAACAAAUUGCAUCUUUUAAUAAUGCUGAAAAAACCCCUCUUUUUUUCCACUCGGCUUCACUGGAGACGACUUGCUGUGUGUCUUGGCUGCUUCAAAACCCUUUCCCCCCUUUCAACUAAAACUUUUUUUCAUUAUGGCACAAGAUCACAUGGGUAAUUAUGAAAGAACAUGGCGCAAAGAAAAAGAAACUCCUCGUAAGUUUUAAUAGACUCCUCAUUGUUUUUGAAGCUCAAAGAUCACGUCACACUGGCUGCUCUCGCCGUCUGGCAUCACCCAUCGAGGCUUCAUCUGCCAUGCUGUUGAGUUUUACAUCAACCUCUGCUGUCCAGCUCAGCCUCUUGUGAGAACUAAUAAGAUGAGAUUUCAAGUUUAUGUUUCCUGCAAGUGAUUUUGAAGCAGAACAUCUACUUUUGUAUCACUUUAACCUCUUGCAGGCAUUGUUUUCUUUUAUUUUUACGCCGUCUCUACAAUGAAUACGUCCAACUUUGUUUCUUGAAAGAGUUCACACUGUAAUACAAGUUUUUUUGUCAAUGCAGGCCAUUUUCAGAAACUUUUGAUGGCUGGAGGUCACUGAGUCUCUGUACUGCUGGUUUCUAGUAUGCAUUUCUAUGCUCAAUGUUAUUUCAAAUCACCAGCUGUCAUUGAAAAUGAAGGACUUCCAGUCAGUAGUCAGUGUUUAUCUAUCUAUCUAUCUAUCUAUCUAUCUAUCUAUCUUGGCCUCAAUUCAAAUUGAAUUCAAAUUCAAGAAUUGUUUGUUUUAAAAUGCAUUCUAAAUUCAGCUCUGAAUGGUGCACAAGCCUUUUUCAGCUGUUGCUCCAUUAUGACAGAAGCCGAAAUAGAAUGGUUUUGAUACAUUGCUCGCGUCCAGUGUAGACAUGGUUUUAUAGGAUAUUACAGUAUGGAUGUGACUUAAAACUACCUAAGUAUAUCUCAAGAAUGAUGUUAAAUUUGAGAUUUUUUAAUGUCUUGUUGACAUUUUACGAACUUAAAAUAGCUGGUUGAAUAUUCACAUCUGUGAGCGACUGAUUUGGUGAGUGUUUUAGGCUAUUUAAUUAGUAUGAAAUGAAAUGUGUAUGAGAGAAUGAUGAAUGAAUGAAUGAAAGUCAGGCCUUUGCAAAUAACAUUUUAUGACAAGCCAUUUGUUUUGCUUGUCAGGGGUUAUGCACAGACCCAGAGAUCAGCAGAGAUGGUUUUGAGAAUUU